CAGUCUUUUAUUUCAAAAAAUGAGUGAUGUCAAACAACAGGAGAGGACUGACUCUCUCUCUCUCUCUCUCUCUCUCUCUCUCUCUCAACGUCAGCUGCGUACAAAGCAGUUUCUCGAAUCGAGACAAUGUUUCUCCGACCCGCCGCUGUGAUGCUUCUUCUGCUCAUUCAGGUGCUCGCGAUAUUUCCCUGUGAUAUUUCCGAUGCCUCGGUACGGGACAGGACUGCGCUAUUCUCCGGGCUGCGGGACGAGUGUGAGUGCGACCCAGAGAGCUUUACUGCGUCCUGCGCACUUAGAGCAUGAAUCAGGACCGGUCCAGUCAGAGCAAGAGCAAGUCGGUCAUGUGUGUAAUUUAUGGUCUCGAGACAGCUUACCUGCUCGACUGUAUAUUGGUGAAAACUCACUGUAACGCAAGUGUAAACAGGAGUGAGUGAGUGAGUGAGUGAGUGUGCACCGCACUGAACCGCGCCGCGCCGCGCCGCGCCGCCGCUUAACGACACUCAACCGACUGCGGCUCAGUUUGAAAUGGGCGGGAAGCUGCACGAAGCCUCACAGCACGUCCCUUCUACAAGUCAUUGGACGGCGGCGCUCGUAUAGCCUCAUUUGUUCUUUCAUCCGUUUUCAGACGUGUGAUUGGAGGCAUCGAAAGGCUCCUGUAUGACAGCAACUGGAUGGCAUGUUUGGGUUUUUUUUUGUUUUUGUUUUUUAUUAUACAGCCUGCACCUGCAUAUCAGGACUAUUUGAAGUGUAUUUGUGACCUACAAAUAAGCUUUCUUUCUCCCUGAAGGACUCCAAAUCUGCUGCGUCACGUCAUUCGGGUUUCAUCCAGACCGAUUUGUUUUCUAGAUUAUUAUUAUUAUUAUGAUUUAUUAUGAUUUAUUAUUAUUAUUUUCCCCCAGAUAUCAAGUGGAUGCAAGACCAGGUUGUCCUAACACGAGCCAGGCUGCUGCUGCCUGUGUAGGCGACACCGCGUGAAGCAGAGACCAGGAGAAACUGUCCUGCUCAAGCUGGCUCGUGUGUGAUUGUGCAGCACGUUUUCGGCUGGUGGUGACUAAAUAAUCCUCCUCCUCGGAUAGAGAUGGCGUGAUAUCCCUGUUUUUCCGCGCUGAGAGCGAUCGCUACAGUGGAACGAUAUUAAAGUUGAGGUGGGCGGACCUUGGCAUAGCACCAUAUUUUGUGUGUGUGCGUGUGUGUGUGUGAGAGAGAGAGAGAGUGAGGGGGGCUGGAAGAAGAGACUAUUUACUACAGAUCCGUGCUGAUUUGCGUUACAACCAGGAUUGGUCUUCAAAAGUAACAUCACAGCGUUUGAACUGAAUUUGUUAGAGUGAUACAUUGUAUUCGUUCACCCUCUGAACAUCUUGUGAAGAUCAUGGCUGAAGCCCCAGAUGUAGUAAACAGGUUGUCCACUGCUGCUGCAAGAGGAGACUUAAGAGAAACUGAGCAGAUACUGAAGAGCAACAUUAACGUGAAUGCGAGGAACAAAUUCGGCAGGACACCACUGCAGGUGGUGAAACUCGGCUGUCCUUCUGUAGCUGAAGCCCUGCUGCGCGCGGGCGCUGAUCCAAACGUGCCCGACCCCAGCGGAGGACUGAGACUGGCACACGACGCGGCUCGCGACGGCUACACGGACAUGCUUGAGGUGCUGCUGACCUACGGAGCAGAUGUCAGUCUCCAAGACGACGCUGGUAAUCUGCCGCUGCAUCUGGCGGCGCGUGAGGGGCAUCAGGAUGUAGUGGAGCUCCUGGCACCGCGCACCGCACAUCCGUUUUUGCCCAACCGUGCGGGUUUGACGCCCCUGCAGCUGGCAUCACAACAUAACAAAGACGUUACGGCGCGCUGGUUCGAGAACUACCGGCAUGUGCAUCCACAACCAGAGUAGGUCAGAGUAGGUCGGCCCGACAGGAGCGGCCGCACUGUGCUGUGACAGAGGUAGUGUAGACAUACAUGCUGAAUGAGCGUUUUCAUAGUCUUCGAGAAAUAUUCAGCUAACUACCUCUUUUUUUAAAAUCUGACAUCGGGGCAAUGAAGAUGUGGGGAAAGAGUUUAAACGAAGGCCAUUUUGAAGCAGACACAAGGCCAAACGUUUUUACAGGCCUCGGCUGCUUUCCCUGAGUGUACUGUUACAUUACAUAUGAUAAUCAUUAUCAUCAUCAUCAGGUGUUUCUAGUUGGUUGGAUUAUUUUUUUUUUUUUUUGGAUAUUCAAAUUGGAUUUGUUUGGGAUUUUUAUGUGAAGGUGUCAUUAGACUACUCCCGGAGUGCGCCACUCUCUCAGAAAUAAAGCUACUAAACUUGUCGGUGGUUGGGAUCAUCAAAGGUACAUGUUUUCUAUCUUUAGUUUAUAUAUUUUGCACCGAAAAAUUUCAGAGUGUACCUUUAAUUAGCUUUUACAAUAACAUAGUACUAAACUUUUGUUGUGGCUGGGGUGGUAAAGGUUAAGGGUGCAUUUAAUAUUGGCCUAUCCUCUGGGAAACGUGAACACAGUGUAUCUUUAAAACGAUUCAUUUAAGGAAAAUUAAAAUGGACCGGGUUUUUAGAGUAAAGUCCUUAUAUAUAUA